AUGCACUUCGGACCUGAGCAAGACACGCCGACACUCGAGAUUCCGUACGAUGGACUUCGAUUUCUUUCAGCCUGCCUGUCAAGCGUCGUGUAUGUGAUUGACACGGAGAGGGUUCUCAAAACCUACCACGACACCGACAACAACGAGGACAUCGUUGAGCGUCGAGCGUACGCCCGUCUCGGCGAACACCCGAACAUCGCACGAUUCCUAGGCUCUACUUCAACAGGGGAUAUUGUUCUUGAACGGGGACGUGUUCUCCGAGAAGUGCUUCGUCAGCCAAACGGAGAUGUUUCGAUCCGGAGAAAGGUCCAGUGGCUGAAGGACUACGCGCACGGACUACAACACUGCCACUCCAAAGGGAUUGUGCAUGCCGAUGUUGGCUGUCACAAUGCCAUCCUGAACCCCCAUGGUCGGGUACAGCUGAUCGACUUUGCCGGCUGCAGCAUUGACGGCGCAGAAGCCAGUUACUGCUACGAGUGGUUCUCAUACCGCCGAUCCGGCCCCGUAUCUAUCGCUAGCGUUCAAACCGACAUCUUCGCCCUUGGAUGUAUGAUUUUUGAAGUGGUGACGGGCAGGCCUCCCUUCCAAGACGAGCUUGAAACGUCUCCGACUCGAACGCACAUCGUCGAAGAGCGGUACAUGAACGAUCAGUUUCCUGAUCUCCAGAACCUUCCCGCUCCGCUACGUGAGGUGACAAGGGCAUGCUGGCAUGAUACGGUUCAUUCAAUGGAAGAUGUAGCGAGAAUGCUCGAAGCGCUUGACGGACAGGGCUGCUGUGCAAAGUUGAGAGCUUGGAUCAACACGCAAGAAAGCUACGGAAUGCUGGCUUCUAUGCGCGACUGGGAAAACAACAACUGA